AUGUGUAACAUGUCAAUUAGUACAUUAAACAUUCCCGAGUGCAAACCCUCGGAAGGUGAAAGCGAUAUCGACAAAGGAGCAUAUGAACACUGGAAGGAUAUUGUGGAAGCAUCACUAAAUUUAAUUAAUGUAUCGGAUGAGCGUUCCAAGAUUGGAGUUUUUAAAAUAAAGGCAGGACCCAAAUUGUUGGAAGUAUUGAACAGCACAGUGACGUCACAAGGAAUGCCCGAUGAAAACACAGCGCCGUAUUCGAAUGCAAUUAGUCGUUUAAAUAGUUAUUUCGGGUCCAGAACGUAUACGCUUCUACAACGCAGUAAACUUAUGACCAUGGAACAAAACGCUGAUGAGAGCAACAUAAAUUUUGUAAGACGUGUUGGAGCUGCUGCCAAACUUUGCGGAUACACUAGUGAUGAGCAUAUGGAGGCAAUAGUACGCACCAUCACUAGAGGAACGAACGAUAGCCGUAUCCGGAUUUUAGCUCACCGAAAUUGGGUGAACCAAGGAUGCCUAAACGAUCUCAUAAAUUUAGUUCGAGAUCGGGAAAUCGAAAAAUCAAAUGAAGAGGAGUUCCAACGAAAUCAUCAUCAUCCACAUACAGUGUCGGUAGCUGCAGUUUCUGAGCAUGCUGUUAUGCAAAAAUUUGGGCAACGCUCAAACCAGUUUCGUACAAACUACAUGGGGCGUUGGCGUGGCAAUGGCCAGCCUACCAGAUACCGUGGUGUUGAAAAGGACAGAGAUGGUUUAAGACGUGAUCGUUCGAUACCUUCCCGAGCUACGGGUUGCUGGAGAUGUGGCAGUAUCUACCACCUUCCAUCGGAAUGUCCUGUUAUGGAUAAAGUAUGCAGAUUCUGUGAACGCAGAGGUCACAUCGCCCGUGUGUGCUCUGAACGGCCUGAGGCCAGACAGGAGAAUCGAGGACCAUUGAAGCGUUCCUGGGAUGAGACCACAGAUGAACCAACCCCCAAGGUGGCUGUAGUCAAGAAGCGAGAAAAUAAGAUAGAAGAGGAAAAUAAGGUAUCAGAUAAAAACGACAAUGAAGUAUAG